AUCACACUGCGCCAACAAUCGAACCAACAAAUCAAGAAAUACAACAGUGGCGUCUGUUUGAUAAACUCCGGAGGGGACUGCGCUAUAUUAUCAUUCAGAUUUCACUGCCGGACGGGAAGUUACUGCGGUCACACCACCUGUCCAACUCCCUAUGGCUGGCUCUGCUGCCUCCAGUUCUAAAGACCGACCAGCUUCCAGGACCAGUUUUAUCCCAGAGCUACAAAGCAUGAUGUUUGCUCUGGGAGAUGCUCGCAGGCCGUUGCAUGAGACGGCAGCUCUGGUGGAGGAUAUUGUGCACACACAGCUCAUUACUAUGCUGCAUCAGGCCUGUGAGGGUGCGGCGCUUCGUGGUUCAAGGGUCAUUUCAGCUGAGGACAUCUUGUUCCUGAUGAGAAGAGACAAGAGGAAGAUGGCACGGUUGCUAAAAUAUCUCCAGUUUAGAGAUUACAAAUCCAAACUCCUCAAAACUUUAGAGGAUGAUGACGCUCAGCAGGAACCAGACAGGUUGGGUGGUGCAGGCACCGCUGUUGCCGGUGGUAACCAGCGCAGGCAGCGAUUGGCCCAGGACUUCCUGGUGUGGAUGGAUCAGACUGGUGAACUCCUGUCAUUAGCAGAGCAUCAGGAAGUAGACUCCGUCAAACAGGAGAGGAUGGAGCGUCUGGAUCGUCGGAGUCAGAACAUGGACCCGGCUCAAUAUGCAGAGUUCUGUGAGAGUCGACAGCUCAGCUUUGCGAAGAAAGCGUCGAAGUUUCGGGACUGGCUGGACUGCAGCAGCCUGGAGCUGAAACCCAACAGUAUCGCCAUGGAGGUCCUCUCAUACCUCGCCUACGAGACGGUUGCCCAGAUUGUGGAUUUGUCUCUGUUGGUGAAGCAGGAAAUGACCGCAAAGAUGGAUCCAGUCAGUCAUGUGAUCUCUGCCAGCUACAUCCACUACAACACACACACUGAGGUGAAGAAGGAUCCAGAUUCACCUGAGGCCACGCCCCCCUCCACACCUGGAUCCUCACUCUCUUCAAAGCCCCUCCUGCAGGGUAACGGCAGUGUGGACAGUCGCGCAAGACAGAGGAAGCGCAAAAAGAGCUGCCCAGCUACAGUGGAGCUUCCCAGUGGAGCCAUCCAGCCCAGUCACAUCAGAGAGGCUAUUAGAAGAUACAACUACCGACACACAGUAUGUACACACACGCAAUUACAUGUUGUGAUAAAUUGUAGUCAGGAUGUUUACCUAAAGCAUUAAGUCAAAGACAACUUUAUCUCUCAAGGGUAAUUUAGUCUGACAGUCCUUGGUUAAGAAUACAUGCGAAACACAUUUCUGUUUUUUAAAGGAGAUUUUCAUUCAUGCAACAUGUGCUGUAUGGCCAUUGUUCAUUAAUUCAACAGAAGUCUCAUUUCCCGCAGCUAAAUGCUAAACUUUAAAAGGAUUUUGAAGAGAUAGAAGUUAUUAAAAAUUUCUUAAAGAUUCGAGACUUAUAACUCUUCUUCUGUAUCAUAGUUUCUGUACUAAACCCUUUUCUGCAAGGCUCAUAUUGUGUGCAAAACCCAGACAAAAUACAGCCCCGUUUCCACCAAGGGUUCCUGCUUGGGAUGGGAAAUCCUGAUUUUUGUGUUUCCACUAACAAGCUUACCCAAACCUGGGAUGUGGGCUAUAAUCUGUCUGCUGCAUAACAGCACGACACCGCCCUUGAAUUAAACGCAACAGAAACAAAGGAGAAUUGCAGACACUGAAAAGUUUGUGUUCUUUCUUCUUGGGAUGUGGCUUUAAAAAAAAUCCACAGCAUAUUUAAACAUAGUGCUGUUUCCGCUUUGUUCUUAGUGCUGAGGCACACAGGAAGUAACAAUUCUUUCAACCAAUCAACGGAUAGCAGUUAA